AUGGGUUCGUUCAAAGUUGACGCAAUAAUAAUCCAAAUCGAAAAAAGUUUUUAUCGGCUCGGUUUGUGGCAUCGCGGUGAGGAAGCGACUCCCAGGGAAAGCGCUAAAAAAUUGUUCUUUUCAGUUUAUACCCUUCUGUUACCCAUUUCGUUACUGUCAGGAGUUAGUUUAACGAGCGAAGGCAAAGAGGACAAACUAUUUCUUAUCGAAGCUGCAAUCAUGACUGUGAUCAUGUCGGUUAAAAUUUUGUACAUCAUUUGGAGAAAAGAUGAAAUUUUACAAAUGUUAGACCAAAUCGGAAACUAUUCGAUUAAAAAUGCAAGCGAAGCGAAACGAAUCAAUCACAGGUUGAAAAUGUUCAUGAAUUUUAUGAAAAUUUUCUUUUCGUGUUCCGUUUUGAUUGGCGUUUGUGCAAUGUUUAUCGUACCUUUCAUCGGAAGUGAAAGAAAACUUUUCUUUAACAUUGGAUUUCCAUUGAAUUGGCGACAUAGCGAAUUUGCUUUCUGGGCUGCAUUUACAUUUAUUCUAACCGAAGUGGCCCUGUCGGCAAUAUCGAUUUUAUUUUCGGUAAUAAUGUGGUACUUAUUCCUCAAUUGCGGUUUAAGAUUUGAAGCACUUGGUCACGAUUUACGAGAUAUGGGAAUCAUUGAGGAAGUAGUAGACGUAUCAGGAAACAAGCGCAAAAUUUCAAAAAUGGAAAAGGAAAAUCAAUUUGCUAAGGAUUUAGUCGCAGCAAUAAAGUCUUAUCGAGAAAUAAUUGAUGUAACCGGACAUUUAGAGGCCUUUCUAUCACACAUUCAUUCAACACAAAUCGGCUUCAGUGGUCUUUGCAUUUGCGGUUCGAUUUAUUGUCUCGGUUAUAACAAGCCGGAGAACUCGAUGGAAUUCAUAAUUUAUAUUGUCAUCCUAACUUACAACAUUUUUGACGUCUUUAUGAUAACUUAUUUCGGAAACGAAUUAAAUUUGUCAAGUGACCGGCUGUCCUACUGCUUGUUCCAGUCCAGUUGGUAUGAAUACCAAUUCUGUUCGAAAUCGAUUUUGAUAUUAGGCGAACGUUUUAAGCAACCAGUGGAACUAGUAAUUUUGAAACUGUAUCCAUUAACCUUAGAGUUGUUCGUAAGGAUAUUAAACAAUGCGUACAGCAUGUUCAACAUUUUAAAAACUUUCGCGGAAAGAGUAUAG